GGCUAGCCGUGAGUGUGUGUGUGCAGCUAUAUAAGUGAUGAUGAAGCUCUCCUUGUACUUUCUCCAUCAACAUGGAUCUAAAAGCUGUGGUUUUCUUCAUCUGCCUGGCUGCUCUGUGUCUCACUUCCACUGAGGCGGGCAUCCCAAAAUGCUGUCUCCAGACAGCAAAGAAAAUCUCAGCUCACAUGCUGUCGAAGGUGGAGAAAUGGGAAGUUCAGCAAAACAACGGUGUAUGUUUCAUCCAAGCCCUUGUGUUGUAUAUUAGAGGUCGCAAGAAGCCUGUAUGUGCAGAUCUGAGGAUCAAGAGAUUGCUCAAGAGAAGGCUGAGAGUUGGAUCAAACCACGCUGUCUGAAUCCUUCUGGAUUCCAUUUCCAUACAUAAGGUUGUUCAACUGUAUGAGCUGUAUCAUGUCUUAUAUACGUCUUUGCCAUGUUGUAGUCUUACAUGGGCCUACGCCUUAAAACGUUGUAGCGCUUUUGUGUUUCUUUUGUGUAGCCUACGUUCGUGAUUGCAUUUGUUUUUGUACCCUCUCGCACUAGGUUUCUGCAUGCAUAUCUGUUUCUAAUAAAAUAGUUUGUGCCCAGGG